AUGGCCGCCGAACCCGCCGCCUCCAACCCGUCUCUCGGGGCAUCUGGCUACAUGGUGCCGUCGGUCGAUAAGUACUCGUACGGCUCGGAUGACGAAGUUGCCUCUCUGCCGUCGGAAUCGACCUCGAGUUCGGAUUUGGAUGCGCUCUCGGAUGAUUACUCGGAUGCGGAGGAGGAGUGGAGAGAGAGCAUUGAACAGCUGGAGUUGCUCUUGUCGAUGGUUCUUGUGCCGUUUGUGGGGAAGUACUUGGGGAGAAAGUGUGCUUACUGGAGUUGGACUAGAUUCAUGCAAUGGAAGUACCCCGUCGAAAUCGUCGUGAACAACCAAGCUUCCUUCAAGGGAACCGGUGCCAUGGCUGCGCUUUAA